AUGACGCUGAUGGCAAUAGAACAGUUGAAAUCAAAUGAGACUAAUCCUGGACCAUCAAAUUCAACAACACCAGUAGUAAUCACUAUCAUAGAUUUAGAUGAUAACCUACCAGAGUUUUCACAGUCCUUAUACAAUGUAACUGUAUUUGAAAACUUGGUAGGAGCACCUCUAACCAUAAAGGAUGACAAAAUUAAUGUUACGGAUGUAGAUCAGGAUGAACACAGUCUUCUGCAGUUAAAACUCAAAUAUGCUAAUGGAAGUAUAGUGCAGGAAAUAAAGCCUGUUCCAGACAAGGUACAAGGCAGUGGAAAUAUAAUGUUGUAUCUACAAGAAGACUUCUCAUUUGAUUUUGAGAAAUUACACGAUAUAUCAUAUACGCUUGUUGCCAGUGAAGAGAAUGCACCAUUAAAAAAAACUGAAUGUACCAUUCAUCUGACAAUCUUAGACAGGAACGAUAAUUCACCGCAAUUCACCAACUCUUCUUUUGUCGUACAAAUACCGGAGAAUAGCACCAAUGCACAACUAGUUCUGUCCGAAACAGCAACUGAUAAAGACAGUGGAAAAUUUGGUGAAAUUACUUAUAGUUUGAGAGGUGGAGGAGAUAUAUUCAUUGUUAAUAAUGUCACUGGCAUCAUAACAAAAGAAGAAAAUAAUCAGACAUUAGAUUAUGAGAAAAGAGAUGAAUAUGUCUUGACAUUAGUUGCGAAAGACGGUGGCGGCAGCCUGCAACCAGCUGAAGUUAUUGUAAGACUAACUGAUAUCAAUGAUAACCAUCCAGUAUUCUCACAGUCUUCGUACAUUGGUUCUGUGAUAGAGAACAACACUCCCUUCGAUAUAACUGUUAGCGCAUCUGACCGAGACAAGAAAGAUACAAACAACAGUAGAGUGGAAUUUGAUUUAAUUGAUUCACCAUUUCACAUGCAAAAUAAUUUUACAAUUAGUACAACAAAGGGUUCAGAAGAGUUUCUUGGGAAAAUUUCUUUAAAAGGAUCGCUAGAUUAUGAAAAAUUAAAUAAAACGGCAGCCGGUAGGAUAAAAUUAUAUGUUUUGGCGAAAGAUUUUGGAAGUCCAUCGUUAAGUUCUACCUGUACUGUUACAAUAAAUGUUCAAGAUAAGAAUGAUAACACACCAGUAUUCAAUCCUUCUGAUUAUCAGGAAAAUAUUUUUGAGAACGCAAAAUUUGGCGAUUAUGUAGGAAACGUUACUGCUACAGAUGCGGAUGGUACUGAGGCAAACAAAGUUCUAAGUUACUACAUCAUAACUGGUUCCGGUCUUUUUAGAAUAGACGGUCAGUAUGGUGUAAUAACCGUGAAUUUGAAUGCUGAAUUCGAUAGAGAAACUACCGCAGUUUAUAACCUAACAAUCGUAGCAGUAGACAGAGGAACACCGCCUCAAACUGGACAUACAAACGUCACUGUGGUCAUUGAUGAUGUUAAUGAUACACCACCAAAGUUUGAUCAGGUCAUUUUCGUUGCCGCCGUACUUGAGAAUACAACUGUUGGGUCAUCAGUUAAAAUCUGCCCUGCAACAGAUGAAGAUUUAAAUUAUCAUUUAUUGUAUAAAAUUGUUAACCUUACAAUAACAAAAGAUGACAACCGUAAGGUUGAGAACUGGUUUAGAAUAAACAAUGCUACUGGGGAAGUGACAAUUAACUCCAAUUUGGAUAGGGAAUUAACAGAUGAAGUUAAAAUAACACUUACAGUCGAAGACAUGAAUGCAGCAACACUCUUACAGACGGCUACUGCUACACUAAUUGUUUCACUACUUGACGUAAAUGAUAAUAAGCCAUUUUUCCCAGUAAAUUACAAUGUCAGCAUAACAGAGGGGAAAAUAAGUGGACCGGUCAUUACUGUUACAGCCAUGGAUCUUGACGAAAAUCCGAAAAUAACAUAUAGAAUAACCAAGAACUAUUUGACGGAUACAUUUAGCAUAGAUCAUAAAACAGGUCAAAUCAGUAGAAAUAAUUUAAGAGAUGUCGACAGGGAAACAACUCCAUUCUUUGAUAUAGAAGUUGAAGCGAAUGACACCGUUUUCACUAACACUACUAAAGUGUUCAUAACCGUUCUGGAUGUGAACGAUAAUUCUCCUAUUUUCCGUCUUAAAAAUUUCAAUUAUAAUAUAACGGAGAACAAUGGCACGGAUCAGGAAAACAUCUAUAACAAUACAUGUAUAGUUUGGUUUAAUGCUAGUGAUUUGGAUGAGGGUCCAAAUGCAAAGUUGACAUACACUUUAACCAACGAUUUUGACAGCAAGUUUGAAAUUGAUUCCUCGACUGACGUUUCUUUAAACAGUGCAAUGGUAAAGGAUCUAGAAUAG